UGUCCCUCCUCAACAGUGAAACCCAGGCGCGCGCCAUCAAUCUCCCCGCGCAUCCCGCUUCCCACAACAACCUUCACUUCACUUUCACAUCCGCAUCACCCUCGAUCACGGACCAAGUUGCCGCCGCAAGUGAUCCAUGUUUCGCCUCCCUGAGAUGCGACACCACCCCACCGUUUACCGGAGAAUAUCGUCCGUCCGCUGAGCGAGAGCAUGCCCGAUACGGGGGCGGCCAGUGCGGCGGGCUCCGCGACCGACGGUGCCGCCGAGGGCUCGCGGCACCGACACCGGUCGCAGGGGGAGGGAGAGAAGCACGAGUCGCACGCCGGCCCGCCACCCAGCACGUCUGGGGUCCUGGACAAGCUGUUUGGGAAGCGUCUGCUCCAGGCCGGGCGACACAUCAUGUCCCACAAGUCCUGGAUGAAGUCGGUGCCCACGGAGAACUGCGACCUGCUCAUGACGUUCGCAGACUCCACGGACGACCACACGUUGCUAUGGCUACUGAACCACAUCCGGCUGGGCAUCCCCGAGCUCAUCAUCCAGAUCCGGCAUCACAAACAGACCAGCGUGUACGCCUUCUUCGUCACAGCGACCUACGAGAACCUGCUGCGGGGGGCGGAGGACCUGGGUCUGAGGAAGGCCAUCAAGCCGGAGUACGGGGGCGGAGCCCGGAGCUUCUCCUGCGAGGAGGACUACACCUACGAGAACAUCGAGAGCGAGCUCUGCUUCUUCACCUCACAGGAGCGACAGAGCAUCAUCAAGCACUGGCUGGACAACCUACGAGCCAAGCAAGGCGAGGUGCUCCACAACAUCAACUUCCUGGAGGGCCAGCCAAUCAUCCCUGAGCUGCGUGCGCGGGGGGUGAUCCGCCAACUGUUCCCGCUCCACGAGCAGCGGAUCCUCAGCCAGCUGAUGAAGUCCUGGGUGCAGGCAGUGUGUGAGAAGCAACCGCUGGAUGACAUCUGCGACUACUUCGGGGUGAAGGUGGCCAUGUACUUCGCCUGGCUGGGGUUCUACACCACCUCCAUGCUGUACCCCGCCGUCAUCGGCUUUGUGCUGUGGAUGCUCACCGAGUCAGACCAGACGAGCCGGGACAUCUGCUCGGUGGUGUUUGCGCUGUUCAACGUGGUGUGGGCCACGCUGUUCCUGGAGCGCUGGAAGAGGAGGGGCUCGGAGCUGGCCUACAAGUGGGGGACGCUGGACAGCCCGGCCGAGUGCCUGGAGGAGCCUCGGCCACAGUUCAGGGGGGUGAAGCGCUGCAGCCCCGUCACCGGCUGUGAGGAGUACUUCUACCCCCCGUGGCGGCGGCUGCUGUUCAGGUGGCUGGUCAGCCUGCCCGUCUGCCUGCUCUGCCUCUGCGUCGUCUUCCUGGCCAUGCUGGUCUGCUUCGAGCUGCAGGAGUUUGUGAUGGGGAUCAAAGAAAUGCCAAGGCUAGCCCGCUUCAUCCCAAAGAUCAUGCUGGCCAUCACUGUGAGCGCGUGUGACGAAGUGUACAGGAAGAUAGCCUUCUGGCUCAACGACAUGGAAAACUACCGACUCCAGAGUGCCUAUGAGAAACAUCUCAUCAUCAAAAUGGUUCUUGUGAGUGUUCACCUAUCACGUAUUCAACUGCAAAAAACUGAAAUAUUAAGUGCUAUAAUAAGCUUACGUUUGUUUUCUCACCAACAAAAAAACUGA